AUGGCUCCUAUUGGUACUGCCUCGCAUUUCGACCAAGGCGCGUUGGCUCGCCGUCAGGCUCUUACUGGCGGCUCCGGGCCAGCAGCCCUGAUCAAGAACAUCAGGGUUUUCAGCAUCGCUUGCUUCGCCUGUCUGGGAGGAUUGCUCUACGGCUACAACCAAGGCGUCUUCUCCGGUGUACUCACUAUGAACAACUUUGGCAAACAUAUGGGCGUCUGGGUGUCCGACAAGACGAAGCAAGGCUGGCUGACUGCCAUCCUCGAGUUGGGUGCUUGGGUCGGAACAUUGUAUAGUGGCUUCCUGGCUGAAAUUCUAUCGCGAAAAUACGCCAUCCUUAUCAACGUGGCCAUCUUCAUCGUAGGCGUUGUGAUUCAGGCGACAGCCAUCACCGGAGCUGGCGCAUCCUCUAUCCUCGGAGGUCGAUUUGUCACUGGUAUGGGUGUCGGUUCCCUUUCGAUGAUUGUGCCGAUGUACAACGCCGAGAUUGCUCCACCGGAAGUGCGUGGAGCACUCGUCGGACUUCAACAGCUUUCCAUCACCUUGGGUAUAAUGAUCAGCUUUUGGAUCGACUACGGCACCAACUUCAUUGGCGGUACAGGAUCAAGCCAGAGCCCCGCGGCAUGGCUCGUCCCUCUCUGCUUGCAAAUUGCUCCCGCCGUCCUGCUUGGCGUAGGCAUGCUUUUUAUGCCUUUCUCGCCACGUUGGCUCGUCCACCACAGCCGAGAGCCAGAAGCCCGCCGUGUCCUUGCCAACCUGCGCGGCCUUCCUCAGGACCAUGAGCUGAUCGAGUUGGAGUUCGCUGAGAUUAGAGCCCAGUCACUAUUCGAGAAGCGCACGCUAGCUGAGAAGUUCCCACACCUGCAGCAACAGACCGCCUGGAACACGUUCAAGCUGCAAUGGGUCGCUAUCGGAUCCUUGUUUCGGUCUAAGCCGAUGUUCCGCCGUGUCAUCGUCGCUACGGUCACCAUGUUCUUCCAGCAGUGGACCGGCAUCAACGCCAUUCUGUACUACGCUCCUCAAAUCUUUAAUGGGCUUGGUCUUUCCUCAAACGCAGUCUCUCUUCUCGCGACAGGCGUUGUCGGUAUUGUGAUGUUCCUCGCCACUAUUCCUGCUGUCAUGUACGUUGACAAGCUCGGCCGUAAACCCGUCUUAAUUGUGGGCGCCAUUGGCAUGGCAGUCUGCCACUUUAUUGUCGCCGCCAUCGCAGCCACCUACGAAGACUCCUGGCCCUCUCACCGCGGUGCGGGCUGGGGUGCAGUUGCUAUGGUCUGGCUUUUCGUUAUCCACUUUGGGUACUCGUGGGGUCCAUGCGCCUGGAUCAUCAUCGCAGAGGUCUGGCCUAUCAGCAACCGCCCGUAUGGCAUCGCAUUGGGUGCUUCAUCAAACUGGAUGAACAACUUCAUUGUCGGUCAGGUCACUCCAGACAUGCUAGAGCACAUGCGCUACGGCACCUAUAUCUUCUUCGGGCUGCUAACCUUUGGCGGUGCAUUAUUCGUCUGGUUUGUCGUCCCUGAGACGAAGCGCUUAUCGCUUGAGGAGAUGGAUAUCCUAUUCGGUAGCGCAGGUGUCGCGAGCGCAGAUGCGGAGAAGAUGCGUGAGAUCAAUAGGGAGGUUGGCCUGGAGGAAAUUGUGCGUCGUGGUAGUAGUGUUGCGGCGGCUCCUAUAACACUGUCGGAGAAGACAAACGAGUCGAAGAAGAAUGAGUAUAUUAGAUAG